AAAAUUCCCUUUACAAAUUCUGAAACUAUAAAUCCACUAGGUAAUAUAACAUCUUCAAUUUGAUCAGUGGACUGAGAUAAUUUUUUUUUGUUUCUUUUUUGGGGCAUCCUUGAAUCCUUUUAUCAAAUAACCAUGCCAAUUGUGAUGGUCAAUAUUGUAUUGCCGUCUAGACGGUCCAAAUUGACUUCCCCGUAGAAAAUUGAGUACUAAAUAAUGCGGUAACAAGUUGACCACUCAAUAUUCAACUCCAGCAGCAAAGUGGAACAGGCACUCAUAGUGUCUCUCACUUGACUGAAUCCUGCCAAAAUAUAACAUCAAAAAUCAAAUCAAAUCUACAAAAAGCACUGAAAAGAAUUUUAGUUAAAAGACCCCCAACACACUCAUAUAUAUAACGGUACUCAAAACACUCUCAACUACCAACAAAUUGGAUUUGGAGAAAGUUACAGACAGAAGAACAUAUGGCCAAAUUACCAGGGGUAACAUUGAGCAGUUGUGAGAAACCCAUGCCAGUUAUUGGCAUGGGAACUUGCUCGUUCCCUCCGGCGGACCUGGAAACUACAAAAACAGCGAUCAUCGAAGCCAUUAAAGCUGGCUACCGCCACUUUGACACGGCGUUUGCUUAUGGUUCUGAGAAGCCUCUUGGUGAGGCAAUAGUUGAAGCUUUGACACUUGGCCUGAUCAUGUCCAGGGAUGAACUUUUUAUCACCACUAAACUAUGGAGCAGCUUUGCUGAACGUGACCAGAUUGUUCCUGCCUGUAAAAUGAGCCUUCAGAAUCUUCAGUUGGAUUAUAUUGACAUGUAUCUGAUACAUUGGCCUGUGAGAUUGACUGGAAGGGUCCGUUCAAUGCCGGUCGAAAAAGAUGCAAUAAAGCCUCUGGAUGUGAAGGGGGUAUGGGAAGGCAUGGAGGAAUGCGUAAAACUUGGCCUAACAAAGGGCAUAGGUGUGAGUAAUUUCUCUUGCAAGAAACUUGAGGAAGUACUCGCAGUUGCUACAAUUCCUCCUGCAGUUAAUCAAGUGGAACUGAAUCCAACUUGGCAGCAAAAGGAGCUAAGGGAGUUCUGCAAGGCAAAGGGUUUCGAAAUCACUGCUUAUUCUCCUUUGGGGGCCAACAACACCAAAUGGGGAGAUAACAGAGUUAUGGACUCUGAUGUGCUAGCUGAGAUAGCCAAGUCUAGAGGGAAAACGGUUGCUCAGGUUGCACUAAGGUGGGUGUAUGAACAAGGGGUGAGUUUGGUGACAAAGAGUUACAACAAGGAAAGAAUGAAGCAGAACCUCCAAAUCUUUGAUUGGUCAUUGUCUGGGGAAGAGUUGGAAAAAAUUAGCCAAAUCCCACAACGAAAAGGUGUCACCCUGGCCUCUGUUUUAGGUCCCCAUGACCUUGUGCUGGAGUUGGAUGCAGAAGUCUAAUACUGAGUUGAUAUCACAUUAAAUUGAUGUUGCGAAUUCUGAAAAAUAGAUCGAUAAAUGUUCUGUACUGGACAUAUUUUAUUCCUUUGUAAGAACAAGCAUCAGAAGAAAGAUGAGCUGUGUUGUUUUGGGAAAAUUAACAUAAAUAAAUAGAGAAUUUCGAUAUCCAGACUCUAGAGCCAAGCAUUGUUUCACUAGCUAAUUUGAUGUUUCAGGUCUGGAAUCUUUAUCUUUUAAGCUAGUUCAAAGUAUCCGACACCAUAACUUGUACCAACAGCAAUGCUAAUGUUUCUGGCUAGUUGCUGAAGCUAUUCAUUGCUGAUAAGCAAAAGACAGCCCCACCAAUUGGAAACUGCAAGUCCCCUAUUAUCUUCUGAAAUUUGGGGUUCAU